UGGAUAUAUAGUUAUAUGUAUAUUAGACCUGGCGCAGCUUAUAUGAGAUUUUUUUUUUUUGGAAUUUUGAGUACGGGGAUUGGUCAAAUAUGCGAUUCGAUGUAAUAAUUCAUGUGGUAAAUUUUUAACUCGAUCAGAGUGUGCGAACCUGUGCCAUAAUGAGGUCAAAGGUCAAAAUAUAGAAAAACACUUGGUUUUUUUACUGUUAUCUGUUUAUUUAUUAUAUAUAGAAUGUAAUGACCUCAUUUUUUCUCAAUAUUUUGCACAAUAAUUUUUUCUAUAUGUCCAAUGAUAAGAAAAUUUAUAAAUAUUAGAAAAGAGUAAAUUAGUAAAAAUUCCAUUGAACUGAGGCGGGCCACUGACUACACAAAUUAUCUGCACAAGACUGAGUUCACAACAACAAAUUACUCGAAUGUAAUGUAGUCAGUGGCCCGCCUAACGGUAAAUUCAUACAUUACGGUUCACAUACGCCAAUGUUGAUAAUUAGACAGACUGAGACGUGCAAAUAGAGCUUUUAAUAUUUUGUCAUUGCGAAAUUGACUGUGGUUAAGACAGGGUCUUUAUUAAAAUAAUUAAAAAUAGUAAAAGUUAUACUGCAAUAUCGUGAUGGCUGUAAAUAAUUUUGUUACACUUAGAUCUGCUGACGCAAACGUAUAUUUGAUAGGAAAAUGUGAAAAAAAUAUACUUGGAAGCAAGUUACCGUCAAAACUACAAGUGCUGAAAUGUUUUUUUUACUAUGUGCGGUGUGAAAAGAAAACAAUUAAGGAAAGUGCUAAAUUGGCUUCGAAGGAAAUAUUGCCUUUUUGGGAAAGAGCACGUAUUCCAACGUUAAACAAUAACUUGUGACGAUAAAUUGGUGAAAUUAUAGAUGAGUGGAGAACAGUACAAAAAUUUUGUACAUCUUCGUUUCCUAGUUCUCGUAAAAAGGAAAAUGAUUUCAAUGAUAAUUUGAACAAUUUAUUCGAUAUUGCAUAUGCUGAUGCUUUAGAAAUGAUAGCUAUUCCUGAGGACCGAGACUUUUUAAUUAAACAAAGAGAGCCAGGUCGUGUUGGGAGCAUGAUUUCUAUAGAUCAAUGUCUCGCAAAUAAAGAAAAACGGAAGGCGCAAAGGUUAGAAGAAGAAAAUCGACGCAGACCAAAGUAUCAAAGAUUGGAAAGCAGUCAAGAGUUGAGUGUAGACUAUGAUGUAAGUGACGAAAGUAAAUGUGAGUCUGAAAAAUCUGUAGAACAGUUGAGGAUCGUAUCAAACACCAACGAGCUGAAAAAAAAACGUGGCAUGGAUGCUGGCAAUAUGUCAACCCCACUCGCAAUUCAUUUUAUUAUUGCAACAGCUAAAGCUUUGGGUCACAAUAUUGAAGAUCUGGUUAUUAAUUGUACAAGUUUGAGAAAACAGCGCAAGGAAUAUCGUCGGCGUCAUGGUACAGAAAUUAUUGAGAAUUUCAAGAUCCCUGAUACAUUUGUGUUACACUGGGACGGUAAACUACUUCCUGCAAUGGCUGGAAAGGAAAAAGUAGAACGCCUAGCUAUUGUUUUAACGGCAGAUAAUAUAGAAAAAUUAAUUUCCAUCGCAAUUAUUGAAUGUGGAACUGGUGAAGCAAUCGCCCAGUCCAUAUAUAAUUACUUAGAAAAAAUGAAUAUGAUAAAUUCGGUGGAAAUGGUAUGCUUUGACACGACAGCUACAAACACUGGUAAACGUAAUGGGGCUGGAAUGUUGCUGGAACAAAAAUUGAAACGUAGCUUGUUGUGGUUGCCAUGCAGGCAUCAUAUUGCAGAAAUCAUACUACGAGCUGUAUUUGAAAUAUAUUUUGGAAAAUCUUGUGGCCCGGAAGUUGCCAUAUUUGAACGUUUUUCGCGGGAAUGGAACACUUUCAAUUUAAAAGAUUUUUCAAUUGGUAUCAUGGAUGAAGAAGUGCGACGUGCUAUAAAUGCAGAGGAAUGUGAAGCCAAUAAAGAAUUUUGCAUCAAAAAUAUAGCAAAAGACCACAUUCGCCAUGAUUACAAAGAGCUAUUGCAACAUCUCACUUCAGGGAAAACAUACGUCAUGAGAACUACGCACAAAAGGGGAUAAGCUACAAUCUGCGAAAAGAUUAAAAAGUAACGAAGUGUGUAUCGAAAGUACCAAUUUUGUCAGAUUACAAAUAUUAUGUACUAAUGCAAUGGCAAAUUCAAUCGCAUAUAUUCUCACAAAAGACAUCACUCAAUGCUUCAUUAUAGCAAAUUUCCUAAAACCAAGACUUAUACACAAAAAACCACGGAUUUAAUUGCAACACCAAAUCUUGAAGAACGAAAUUCUGAGUUACAAUAUUACAAACACAAAUUGCGAAAAAGCACCAUGUUGCUCAAAGGUAUUAAAAACGCAAACGCUACUCAGCGAAAGCUCAUAUAGGCUAUACUACCCACAGCAGUCGUCUCCAUCGAACACCGAGGAGAACUGUUGAAACUUAGAGUGUUAAUAGACCAAGGAUCUUUCAAAGCGUUUAGGGCACAAAGAAGUGGCAACUGCCAACAAAACUAGCCAAAUUUGAAAUUACAAGGAUGGGCCGAAGAGGAGUUCAAAAACUGUUAUAAAAUUUGCCCCAUUACCCUAAUUUCCUUCUAAGCGGUUACCGCAUUCAAGCAGAAGCUAUUGUCUCACCGCAAUUAACAAAUAUGCUUUCAAGUUAUUUUAUAUAUUAGGUUGGAAACUAUCUCCUUUUCGCCUUUUUGUCCUUUGAAUUUCGCGGCUUGUAUAAAGCGCUACAGAUCUCGUAUCUGGCAAUACUAUACAUGUUUAAAAGGUCUUGGUAUAACCUACAAAACGACGCUAUGCUUGUUUAGUUUGGAUAUUGCGUUUAACAGUAAUAGACGUGUAAACAUGGAGUUCACUAACGCUGCAAAAGUUUUCCUUCGUUAAAGCCAAGUCCGCUAGUGGGUAUUGUGAAGUUGCCGUCUAGAUGAAAAAAGAUUAUCGAACGAAACGGCGCAUAUUUGAACUAAAUCCGAUCAUUGUAACAUGUUUUAUUAAGCAUUGAAUAAAGAGCAAAAAAGCGGAACCUAAUAAAUUGGUGAUCGAAACGACGCAUAUGUGAACUAAAUCCGAUCAAUGUAACACUUUUUAUAAAUAUGUUUUCCAACCUAGUAUAUAUUAAAAAUUGUGAAAAGGUUUCACACCCCAACUGCAACACACCCGCCCUAAUAGAUGAUACAUUUGUUAGUGUUGAGUGAAGUGGAUGUUUUUUUUGAGCUCUUGGAGUAUUCGUGGAAUAAUCCCAUACCGAAUACCUGCCCCUUCCUGGCAAAUUUCCAAAUUUUGUAAAUAGUUAUAUUUUUAUUAUUUCCCGUACUAACAGCGAAUCAAAUGUGCGCUUAUUUUUUAAUUUGCCGCUUUGUUUUAAUCAAUCAGCUGUUCUCCGCUUUCGCUUUUCUCUUCUUUUCGUUUCGCUUUUGGUUUAUGCAUUGCCAACCAUUUAUAAUAUAAAUUAGGUUUUAGCAGCAGGGACUGAACGUACUCAUUGACAGGUGUACCCAACUAUUUUCUAACUGAGUUAUGGCCUCUGAGAAUAGUAUGGGGCGUACCACAGAGAAUCCUUUUCGAAGGAAUUCUAAAAUUCUGAGAACGUCCGCAAACGGCAGAAAUGAGGAAUCCACCAUUGCUGGAUCAACACUUAGUGACGAAACUGCUGAUCGGACAAGCAAAAGUGAAGAGAAAUCGCUAAAUAAUGAAUCGUCCAAUUAUUUUAACAAAAUGGGUUGCAAAAUAAAAGAGUUGGAAAAUAUGAUGGUCAAAGGCACGUAAACCAGACUAUGCGCAAUUUAUUGAGUACCAUAAUGAGCUUAUAUAACAAAGCCGAGAAACCGGAGAAAACAAUUAUGGCUAAGAAAGCAACACAGCUUUCUCAUAUUUGUAAAGAGCUGAACACCCCAAAGCGGCUGCGAGAAGCAUCGGGAGAACUACCCCCCACAAAAAAACCAAAAAGGCUAUUUAAAAGGUACAACAAGUGACCAGUGAGGUCACGAAAGUAAUAGAUAAUACGGGUCAACAUAACGCAUGUGAAAAAUGGGUGGAUGUUGUUAAAAAUAGGAAGCCGAUUCAAAAGAAAAUAAGAGCGAAACCGGACGCCAUCAUAAUAACGAAAAAGGAAGGUGCGUCGUAUGCUGAUAUUCUUCGGAAGAUAAAAAGCGACAGCGGUCUUGAAGAGUGUCAUACAUACGAAGAACGAUGAAAGGAGACCUACUGAUUGAGCUAAAAUAUCAGAGGGACAAGAGAGCCGAAUCAUUCCAAACGGUGGGUAAAAUGGCGCUGAUACAGCCAAAAACUCAUAACGUCACAAUAGUGUGUAAGGAUUUAGACGAAAUUACUACAUCUAGAGAAAUCUGUGAAGCGCUAAAAGAAAGAGUGUGGAAUCCAAAACCUGGAGAAAUCAAGCGUCAAAAGAGAAAUGAGAAAAACUCGUAGUGGCACACAUAUAGCGCUUGUAUGCCUAAGUGCCCAGGAUGCUAAGACUACACCAAAAUUGGACAAAGUUAAGAUAGGGUGGUGGAUCUGUCGCCUUCGAGAGUACUCGCUGGAUAGGAUGAAGUCUCUAAGAAAAUGAGAAUAAUACAGUUAAACUUAAAUCAUUGCGCUUCAGCACAGGAUUUGCUAGAUCAGACAGUUACAGAAGAGAACAUUGAUGUCGCCAUACUAAGUGAGCAAUACUCCCAGCGUCCGGAAAUCACAUGGAUUGCUGACAAAACAGGAAAGGCAGCAAUAUGAUCCUGCAAAGGACAGCCUUUUAAGACCAGUUCCAGGGAAGCUCAUAACUGUUGCUAUGCUCUUCGCAGCGCAGCAAUUACAGAAUAUAAAGAAUUCCUCUUAAGACUGUCUUUAGAAACCAGAGGCAAAGCUCCAAUUGUAAUAUCGGGGGAUUUCCAUCGCGGGCGCCUAAUUCAAGAAUUCCCAAGUCAAACGAUUGUAACGAUAAUAAACAGUGGAACGCAAAACACAUACCAAAAAGGAAACAAAGGAUCCAUAAUUGACAUAAUGUUCGCAAAUGAUUCACUCAGCAGGUACAUACAUUAUGUGGACAGUAUACACAAAUAGUGAUCAUAUGGCGAUUAUAGCUCAAAUUUCGUGCACCCCAUAGCCGGAACUCCUCAGCAGAUACACUUCCCGAAUGCGAAGCUGGAAGCAACAUGAGUACGAUGCAGACCUGUUUGAACUAGUCUAGAGUGCAUAAAGUCCCCAGUUGACGACGCCGCCCAUCUGGUAUCAACUGUGCGAAAGGAACUGGUCGCAGCAUGCCACGCGACAAUGCGUAGAACAAUAUCUUUUAUGGAAAAAGUCGUCGAAACACUAUUCCCAAAACACGAUCAGAUUUCUGAUGCCAAGCGACGAAACGAAGUUGCAUAGUCACCCCCAUUAGUUACAGAAGAGGAGCUCCUGGCCAUAGCAAAGAAAAUAAAAAGCAACAAAGCACCUGGAUUAGAUGGCAUACCUAAUAGAGCCAGGAAGGAAGCUAUAAGCGCAAAACCUCAACUGUUCUCUAAAAUGUACAACGCUUGUAUAAAGGAAGAGGUGUUCCCUGACUCGUGAAAAGUAGAGUGUUUAGUUCUGCUCCCAAAACCAAAGAAACCAUCUGAAGAACCUUCAUCGUACCGACCUUUGUCUAUGCUCAACACAAUGGGUAAAGUGUACGAAAGUAUAAUACGAAACCGCUCGGAGUUAGUAACCCAGAAAGCCGGCGGAUUAUCAGAGAGACAAUACGGCUUUAUAAAAAAGAGGUCCACUACUGGCACACUACUAGAAGUCGUCGUAGUUUUACGGUCGAAAAUCUAACGACACUCAUGUGUCAGUCGACAGAUAAAUGGAAAGCUGUUAGCGUCAUAAUGACAGAGCUGAGACAUUUUCAACAGUGGAUCUCACACCACGAAUAAUACUUGAAAAAAUAUUGUUGAAAAAAUUUCAACCAAACGUUCAGUGCAAAACAUUACCAAAUAGGCUCUUUCUGCGUCGAUGUAGCGCUACCAGCGCAAAACGAACGCUUAGUCGACGAUCUAAAUUCAAAACAUUGCGCAAACGAGUCGCAUUAGUGGUGUUUGUCGAAGUCGUAGGUCUCCCAGCACGGUCUUCAUCAGUGACCUCUUCCCGGUCCUCCAAAAAGGCCUGGUAUCACCGAAACACACCACUUCUUGCUAAAGCAACAUUUGGUCUUUGUCGCAGAUUUACGGAUUUUCACACAGGAUUUAUUCGCGUACCUCUGCUCUAACGAACGCUGUAUUUUCGGCUUGCACGUCGCGCGAUAAUGUUUGUCGUUAGCUUGGAAUGCCCUCUACCGAAAUCAGUCGGUGUGCACACGCUCCGAAGUACAGUCGCGGCAGAGAAAAAGUCCUAUUACUUUCCAAACAAACCCUGUAUGUUCGGUUCGCACACAAAGCGAUACCACGGCUACAAACUAAUAACUAGUAUCAAAAGCUAAAGUGGCCCCUCUAAAGAUACUAAGUCUACCACGAUUUGAGCUAGGUGUUAUUAUACAUACACAUUUCAAAAUGUAAAUUAAAGCGCUGUUCGCAAUCCGGAAUUGUUGUAGCCUAAAUUAUAAAAUGUUUUGAACAACGCAAAUCCAAAGUGUGAUUUAUAGGACUCAGUCAUACGUCAAAUUCCACUUCAAAAAAGUAUUCGAAAAUCGCUGUACGCUCGCAAGAUCCCUCUAUUAUCCUAACCCCAGGACAUGUUUUUAAAGGAGAACCCAUUUUGGUCACAUCUGAGGCAGGCGUGGAGUCGCUAGCGAAUUUGUUUAGUAUGUUUUUCAGCUAACAUAUUCUGAAGACGAUUUUUCGUCAGAAGCGUACCCACAGAUCCAAUACGAGAAAAGCAAACAGAAUUACAUGACAAAACUUAAACAAAACAAGUAAGGAAAGGCUAUGUUCGGGUGCAACCGAACGUUUUUCACUCUUGCAACUUGCAACUUGCAGAGGAUCGAAAUCUUAGCGACUUUAUAUACGCACAUGCUACAUAUAGCUCAUACACUGACCGAUAUGUUCGGCAUAAGUUCAGAGUUGGGGUAAUUCUGACCCGAUUUUAUCUAUUAAUUACUAUCAUGCCACAUACUAAAAAAAUUCCAUGGGUUUCACUAAGGUACCUCACAUACAAUUACCAAUAAUAUGGAGUAAAUUCAGCUGGAUGUUUAUUAAUCCAGAUAAUAGUUAAAUGGGAGCAGGGCCCCCAAUUUUAUAUUGUAUAUUUUUGGCACAAAGAUACACUGUUAUAAGUAAAUUACGCUUUCAACUUUUCAUUGAGAUAACUCAAGUAUUGGCAGUUACAUAUAUCCAGUGAAAAGUUAUCUGGAACCCUAUGUCUAUAUUUGGUAUCCCCGCAAAACAAAUACGGCUGUGUAAACUGACAUUGCGCUUUACCAAAAAUUCAGCAAAAAUUUGGAAGAACAUCUCCGUACAGCUGAAGGCAUUCGCCGAUGAUAUUAAUAUAAUUGUCUUCGACAACCGCGCCGAAAGAUCUGCUUUAUCCAGACUGGAUAAGGACGCGAAACAAAUGGGCCUGGUGGUGAACGAGGGCAAGAUUAUAAAACAAACAGUCAUCGCACUCGCGACGUGGCUCGCACGUAACUAUGUACUGCCAUGACUUCGAAGUCAUAGAUAAUUUCGUCUAUCUUGGAACCAUUAUUAACAGCAACAACAAAGUCAGCUUUGAAAUCAACCUGGGAAUAACGGUUGCCAAUAGGUCCUACCUCAGACUGAAUGGCAAUUGAGAAGUUAAGUUCUCUCUCCACGACCAAAAACCAAAAUCUAUAAGUUACUCGUUAUUCCCGUCCUGCUGUAUGGUGCAGAGGCAUGGACGAUGACAAUAUCUGAUGAGUCAGCCUUAGGAGUUUUCGAGAAAAAGGUUCUGCGAAAGAUUUAUGGUCCUCUGCGCAUUGGCCACGGCGAAUAUCGCAUUCGAUGGAGCUAUGAGAUGUACGAGAUAUACGAGGACAUUGAAAUGGUCCACAGAAUUAAGAGGCCGCGACUAGUUAGGUCAUGACGUCCCAUUGGAUGAAGACACUCCAGCUCUGAAUGUUUUU